AUGCCGCCGGAGCUGCAAGUCCGGAUCUUGUCUAAUCUCGUAACAAAAGAUUCCAAUGACAUCUUGCCUAUCCUUCGCACCUGCAAGAAACUCUACGAAAUUGCACUGCCGCUCUCGGUAUCAAUAUUCCAGGUACACACGCCAAAUCAGCCCAACAAGGAUGGAUUCCCCAUGCGAAUCCGACUGUUCAAGUUUCUUCGAUAUAUCACUAUCGUCAAGCCCGGGCUAGCUAGCCACGUCAGGACACUCGUGUUCGGGAGAUGGUUGCUAGACAGAUAUCAGAAACCUCUUGGAUCCCAGGGGCCCACAAGAGAGGAGAAGGAUGUGUAUGCAAGGCUGAUCCGGAAUGUUGCUGCCAAUUCUUCUAACCGAAUCAAUGAGCAAUACUACACUUCCAGAUGGAUCUCAGAUCUCGCAACAGGCAUGGCAGACGCCAUCUAUGCCUUGUUACUAGUGGUCUGCUCGGGCUUGAAGGAAGUUUGCAUCCCAGAGCCCAGAGAAAGAGACAGCAUACUUGACGACGGGUUCCUUGAAGUCAUCAGCUAUUCGCACCUGAAGUAUGUUCUUCGACUGGCGACUGAAUCGGACCCCUAUGUGCAAAGCGAGCCAAGCCAGGCGCCCCCUCUUUCCCUUCUGGAGCAUGUUUAUCAUGAAGGGGUUCGAGGGUAUGGAUAUGACAAUUGGCUUGACCACUCUCUGCCUUUCUUGCUGCUGCCUAGGCUGCGCACUUACGAGUGUCUGUAUGGCAAUAUCCUCGAAGAAGGGCAUAUCUUUCCGCUGUACCUGCAGCCAUCAUCGUCAGCAGUCAAAGAUCUGGUGCUCCGCUCGUCUUGCAUCUCCACAAACUCUCUUAAAAUGAUGCUAGCGGCAUCGAAGUCCCUUCGCUCAUUUGAAUAUAUGCGAGGGCUGUCCGAUAACGAAAGCAGCCAUAAAGUGGCCAUGCCUCGCGACAUCAUCGAAGCUAUUCAAAGUCAUGCCGCGGGCCUGGAACAUCUCACUCUUGACCUGAACGAGGACACCUACCGAAGAGCCUGGCUCGGGAAACCGGAUAGAAUAUUCGUGGGGGACAAACUCCAGCAAAUGGCGAAUUUGAAAAGCCUCGUCAUCGGGAUGCUGCCACUUACCGGAAUCAUCGACACCGAACCCAGUCUUUUGGGUCAGCUUCUUGAGCCCGAGGAGAUUGACCAAGCGGAUAGAAAGGUUGAAGGUACACGACGCUUGGUAGAGUGCCUGCCAGAGAACCUCGAAAAAUUGGAAAUCCUUUGCUGCGGAAUGGGAAUUCUCGAUGAGGCACAAGAACUAUUGGAUCUUAUCUCUCUGGGGCAGCGUUUCAAGCAUCUGAAUUGCGUCCGGUUUAUCUUUAAUGAUGAAACUACCACUCCAAGCCUUGUGAAUUUGACAUGCAGCUCAUCCUCGUUACGCCUUGAGACUGCAUUUCAGACCAAGCAACACCGAGAUUUUGACCUGACCCAAUGCUGGAGAGAAGAGAAGAGCCCUUGCUCACGGCUCCAUCCACCGAUGACUCACUAUUAUGAGGACUGGCACAAAUAUCGAUACAGUGAUAGAAUGACCAUUGAUGAACUUUUCAGCCGCUGA